AUGUCUUCAAUAACGUCUCUCCUUUUCCUCUCUCUCCUCCAGAUUACACUCUCCUACUCGCUCGCUCUCCCACAAACAACCCCCUCCACAACAACAUCUACUCCAGAGACAACAACAUCAGUCUACGUUGACCCCACAGGCGCAUCGAACUCCUCUGUUGGCGGCUUCUCUGUAACCAUUGGUAUCAUUUGCGGUGUUGUCGCCAUCACAUUAAUUGCCAUUGGUGCUCUCUUCUAUGGUUAUCGUAAAUACCGUCAGCGUUUGAGUCGACGACGGACACAGAUUAAGAUGGACCAGAUGUCGGCGAACUUGAAUGCUAGGGUACAAAAUGCGAGGAAGAGCGGAAUGCUGGAUGGAAAUGUACUGAAGGUUUAUGAGGGGAAGGGUAGUGGAGAGGAUAGACAGGUUACUGAAGUGGCUGAGAUUACAGUUGGAAGUCCGGUGGACCAGGCUUUGAGCGCGCUAGAAGGCGGUCACCCGUUUAAGGGACCUGCAAGAGGCAACAGUGCACCUAGGGUGGGGAUUUGGCCUGCUGGAAAGUAA